GGUCCUCCCCAUCCCCUCCGUCCUAAAACGCCGUUAUUUUGCGCAUGUACAGGCAGACGGAGCGCUCGGCUCAUAGUCAUUCACUCCAAGAUGGCGAUGCCGCGGCUGUCUCGGCUCCUGGUCCUCUUCUACACACACAGCUACAUCACCACUUUGGCUGUGGUUCUCAGGACUGACAACAGAACACCAUGGGCCAACGAGUUUGAGAGAAUCGAAUUGUCCUGCUUGAUAGAAUCCAUCACCACAGUGAAUCCCAGAAUCGAAUGGAAGAAAAUAAAAAACGGCGAGCCCAGCUACGUCUAUUUCGAGAAAAAGAUUUCAGGUGAUCUGGAGAACAGAGCUGUGAUAAGAGAGCCAGCCACUUUAGUGAUCACCAACACAACGAGAUCAGACACAGCUCAGUAUCGCUGUGAGGUCACUGCCCAUAAUGACCAGAAAAUCUUUGAUGAGAUUCUGAUCAGCCUCAUAGUAAGAGUGAAACCCGUUGUGCCCAGGUGCAGUGUGCCCAAGUCGGUGCCCGUGGGCAAGUCGGCCGAGCUGCGCUGCGUGGAGGAUGAGGGCUACCCCAAGCCACAGUACCAGUGGUUUCGGAACAAGGAGGAGAUUCCCCUGGACCACCGAAGCAGCCCCAAGUUCUUCAACUCCUCGUACACACUAAACAGCGAAACAGGAACACUGAGAUUCAGUGCGGUCAGGAAAGAGGAUGCAGGGGAGUACUACUGCAGGGCGAAGAACGAUGCGGGACACGCGCAGUGUGGCUCGCAAAUGAUGGAAAUCUACGACAUCAACAUCACAGGGAUCAUCCUGGGCGUGCUGGUGGUGGUCGCCGUGCUCUUGGCCAUAACAGUGGCCAUUUGCUGUGCCUGUAAAAAGGGCUACUUUGCCAGCCAGAAACAAACAGGAAACAACUACAAGGCUCCAGCGAAAGGAGACGGGGUCGACUACGUCAGGACGGAGGACGAGGGCGAUUUCCGACACAAGUCCUCAUUCGUCAUCUGAGAGGAGGGAGAUGGGAGAAGGAGUAUGAUGUCAAGGGCGCAAUACCUCCUCCAUCGAAGCGCUACGCUUGUGAGACAGCGUGUGAGGUGCUGCAGUGGCUUCCUCCCACUGAGGCCCAUGUGCAUCGGAAGAACUCGCUUGCCAAAGGUGACUCAACUCAUCGCGCGAAAUUGGAGAAAAUAAUUAUCAAGGAAAGACACACGCACACACAACUAGCUUCUGUAAAACACACUAGCUAAACUGACACAUUGAUUCUGUCAUCACUGAACAGAACGUUCGUAUUUCACAAUCCGUCAACGAGUUUCACGGUAACGGCACAUUUUUCAUUUUUAAAAUGCUGAGACAGAGGAUGUGAAGUAGAGGAAAACUCAAGCUGGCACAAAGUGUGUAAGUGAAGAAUCGGACUGAGGCUUACAUUACAUUUCUACUGUAAACAUUUUUCACCCUAUUGUUGUCAUUUCUAUAACAUACCAUUUUUUGUACCAGCAAAAUUUGUCAAACUAUUUUUGAUGGAAUAUAUUUUGAAAUGCCUAUAGAUAAAGGUUUAAUUUUUUAAACGUUUGUAAAAUACUAACACAGAAGUCACUGUUUUUUAUUUGGUUGUGAAGAAAAUGUAGUCAAAAUUUCUGGCCACUCAGAAUUCAGCCAUUUUCUUGUUUAAUAAUUACUCGUUUAAAAAAAAAAAAGAAAGAAAAAAAAAAAAAAGCUUCGUAUGAAGACUCCCAUUCAGAUCAGUGGUCUUAGUUUACUUUCUGCUGGUACUGAAACAUGUUAAUAUUAAAAAUGAUACAUGUCAAUGUUUUGUAGAUAGUCUUAGAUGAUAAGAAAUACUAAAGAACACCAAGAGAAAGCUGGUGAACUCAACUAUCAGCAUAUCCUUCAUUUUAAGUGACCUUCUAUACUUGCUGUUUAUCUUGUAAAUAUUGGAUAUCCUGUCCAAGUUGGCUUUUUUUAAGUUAAAAAUACUUUUAGUAUCAAGGAAUACUGUAUUAAAGGACUUUCAAAUGUCAGCUAACAGGUAUUGUACUGGUUGUAUAUAGAUAAGCUGUACAAAAUUUGAUUUACCCCCCAAAAAAGAAAGUAAUGUACUACAGUGACAAAUGAAAUCCAAGUGUCACAUUCCGUGUUGAGGUAAUUUGACAUUCUUUGACGUUUUAUGAAAACAAACCCAGAGCACUGCUUGCAGUACAGGGGACCUGCAUCACCUCAUCCAUAAUGGGACAUGCAGGGACUUUACAUCAUUGUUUUAUUUCCUCUGUAAAAGUGACUAAACAAAACUAAAGUGAUUAGUUUAAUUAAUGCAAUUUCUGCUGCUACUGAAAUAUACUCGAGACACCUUUCUAAGUGUAAUUUUUAAACAGUUGGGGAAUAACUUUUCUAGUCAUAUGUUAGCAAAAAAACUUUAAAUUAUGAACACUGCUUUUCCAGUGCAGUCAUUUUUUGUUUAUACUUUUGACACAUUUCCAGUGAGAGGAGUGCAAAAGUAAUUUUCAUUCAUGUCAAUUCUUACAGUAUGUUUACAUUUUUCAGAGGUAAAAAUCACUGUAUGCAUUUUUAAUAGUAUGUUUUAAGCAUUUGUAUAGUGUUUAACAUUAGCAGAACCGGACCACUCCUUUUAAGUGCCUUCUGCGUGUGCCAGUUGUAGUGUGUUGGAUCAUUAGCGGUACCAAUCGGUAGGGAAAAUGGAAGCCUGCUGGAGUUCAGUGGUGCUGUGUUAGUGCCCCACUUUGGAGUGUCUUGGAUUCUUUGCCUCGCUUAACGAGUGUCCUUCUUGCAUCCAUUUCUGAACAAACUGGACCUUAUUACAUCAGAACAUGGGAGUAUUUUUUUUUUUUUUUUUAAACACAAGGACACAGCUUUGUAAGGUCAAGCCAUCAAAUGACAUACAUGCAGUCAGUCUGAAGUUAACUUUAAAAAAAUAAAAUUGAAAAGUGCUGUUCUGACAGUAGCUCUAUAAAAAAUCUGGGUGUUAAUCAACGGAUUCGUGUUCAAAGCCGUGAUCCUUGUCCGAUGCUGGUCUUCCCAAAUGGGAUUGACACAUGUCAGUUGGAUUAAAAAGGUCAGCCUCCACAUUUUGUAAAUAGAUAUCAGUACUUUUCUGAAUAGAGUUGAAGGAUUAAUCUUUUUACUUUGGAGUAAAACUAGGUAUUUUAUUAUUAUGUCAUAGUGCCUAAACAUAGUGAAAAAAUAUUCCUGGCUAAGACAUAGUAUUAGUAUGCAAAUACACAAAUACAGUCAUACUGUAUAUUCACUGUAGAGAUUGAAGCUUUCACUUGUUGCAAAAUGAACCUCUUGACACACACCUCUGAAGUGAUGCAAAGCUUAAUUUAUUACACUAGAACUUGUGCAACCAUUGUGACUUAAAAAUUAAGGAUCCACACUGAAAUACGGUUAAGAAUUUGGGGGGGAAAAAAAAUGCAGCUCCUAUAGCUGUUCCUGCCACCUCCAUCUACGUGCACAACAGAAGACUGAGAAUGGUCACUCCGGACCAGGAACCAUUCUGAUGACGAUACUAGAAAAAUGACAACCACAGUGGCAGUGAGCGAGUUUCACACGCUCUAUAAUAACGGUACAUUACACUUUUCUGGAUUUUUGAAGCCUGCUGAAAAGGGAGGUGAUUGCAGAGUAUUCAGAAUGCUACUAUUACUGUCAGAAUCCAUGAAAAACAGAAUUUUGGGGGGGGGGGGGGGGGUACACACCUUGUGUGAAUUGAACUGUAUAUUUCUGAUUAAUAAAGUUCACUUAUAACAUGC